UUUCCGUGGCGACGCUGUCCAAAGUGCGGCUGCGCAAGGGUGACGGCGCGCGGGCAAGGGGGAGGGGGUGUUUUGGUUCUAAUCGCUCGCCGUCCUUCCAGGCUCUGCCGUCGGAAAGCUUCUAGUUCUCGCUUCACCUUCCCUCUCCUGGCCCCAGUCGUUCCUCUCUCUUUCCCUUCUUUCUGCCUUUUUUCUGCUGCCGCUCCGGGUCCGGGCCAUUUUCCGGGCCGGGCGCACUAAGGUGCGCGGCCCCGGGGCCCAGUAUAUGACCCGCCGUCCUGCUAUCCCUCUCUUCCCCUGCCCCAUGUGGCUGCGGGGCCGCGGCGGCGCUGCCCACUAUGGCCCGGAAAGCAGUUAGCAGGAAGCGGAAAGCGCCCGCCUCGCCGGGAGCUGGGAGCGACGCUCAGGGCCAGCAGUUUGGCUGGGAUCACACGCUUCACAAAAGGAAAAGACUUCCUCCUGUGAAGAGAUCCUUAGUAUACUACUUGAAGAACCGGGAAGUCAGGCUACAGAAUGAAACCAGCUACUCUCGAGUGUUGCAUGGUUAUGCAGCACAGCAACUUCCCAGUCUCCUGAAGGAGAGAGAGUUUCACCUUGGGACCCUUAAUAAAGUGUUUGCAUCUCAGUGGUUGAAUCAUAGGCAAGUGGUGUGUGGCACAAAAUGCAACACGCUAUUUGUAGUAGAUGUCCAGACAAGCCAGAUCACCAAGAUCCCAAUUCUGAAAGACCGGGAACCUGGAGGUGUGACCCAGCAGGGCUGUGGUAUCCAUGCCAUCGAGCUGAAUCCUUCUAGAACACUGCUAGCCACUGGAGGAGACAACCCCAACAGUCUUGCCAUCUAUCGACUACCUACACUGGAUCCUGUGUGUGUAGGAGAUAGAGAUGGACACAAGGACUGGAUCUUUUCCAUCGCAUGGAUCAGCGACACUAUGGCAGUGUCGGGCUCACGUGAUGGUUCUAUGGGACUCUGGGAGGUGACAGAUGAUGUUUUGACCAAAAGUGAUGCAAGACACAAUGUGUCGCGGGUCCCUGUGUAUGCACACAUCACUCACAAGGCCUUAAAGGACAUCCCCAAAGAGGACACAAACCCUGACAACUGCAAAGUUCGGGCUCUGGCCUUCAACAGCAAGAACAAGGAAUUGGGAGCAGUGUCUCUGGAUGGCUACUUUCAUCUCUGGAAGGCUGAAAAUACACUAUCUAAGCUCCUCUCCACCAAACUGCCAUAUUGCCGUGAGAACGUGUGUCUGGCCUAUGGUAGUGAAUGGUCAGUGUAUGCAGUGGGCUCCCAAGCUCAUGUCUCCUUCUUGGAUCCACGGCAGCCAUCAUACAAUGUCAAGUCUGUCUGUUCCAGGGAGCGAGGCAGUGGAAUCCGGUCCGUGAGUUUCUAUGAGCACAUCAUCACUGUGGGAACUGGGCAGGGCUCCCUGCUGUUCUAUGACAUCCGAGCUCAGAGAUUUCUGGAAGAGAGGCUCUCAGCUUGUUAUGGGUCCAAGCCCAGACUAGCAGGGGAGAAUCUGAAACUAACCACUGGCAAAGGCUGGCUGAACCAUGAUGAAACCUGGAGGAAUUACUUUUCAGACAUUGACUUCUUCCCCAAUGCUGUUUACACCCACUGCUACGACUCGUCUGGAACGAAACUCUUUGUGGCAGGAGGUCCCCUCCCUUCAGGGCUCCAUGGAAACUAUGCUGGGCUCUGGAGUUAAUGACAACUCCCCAAAUGCAGAGAUUUACACUAACUUCCAUCCUCAGUUUCCUUGUUUCUUCUGAUUUUUUUUUUCCUAAUUGUGUGAGGCUCUUGUGUUUUAGUGGGAACACCAAAGUUUGCCUAUAGUUUAGGCACUUAAUAGGAAGAAGCUCUGUACAGAAAUCUGAAGGUUGUUUGGUUUUUUGUUUUCCCCUUUGGUAAUCAAAAUUUUACUGUCUUUUAUUCUGGCUUUUCAACCAAACAUUGUUGCUAAUCCCUAUUUUUCUUUAAGUGACACACAUUCUCCCCUCUCUGGCUUCUUUAGGCUGAAAUGACAUAGUCAUUCUCACCCUUACUUCACUCUUGAGGGGUAGGGCUCCUUUAUAAUUAUAUGGUUGCUGUCAGACUUUCUGUGAAAGUUUGGGAGCUGUGUGUGUGUGAGAGAGAUCUUGUCUCUGUGUGUGUGUGUGUGUGUGUGUGUGUGUGUGUGAAUGUGUGAUCUUGUGUGCCUGUAGGUACUGUGUGUCACUGAAAUUACCUGGAGUGAGGAUUACUUGUAAUUAAAAUAUUUAUAAAAGAAACAACUUUAUUCACAGAGUCCAGCUUUGGGACUAGUCUGUAACUUGUUUUUUAAAGUCUAACAACACUGAUAAUAGGAAGUAAAAACAGAAAGGAAAAGAAAUUACCACUGGGAAAAUCUUUUGAGUUAGAUUGCAGGCUUCCUGGGGCCUCCUGUGCCAGGACUGCAAAGUGAUCCAGCCCUACCUGUCUUCCCACCUGUGUGUCCCCCGUGUGGGAAGCUGGUGUCACUUCCCCUUCCCACCCUCACAUCUGCUUAGCCAGUAGCCACACCCCUAAAACAUCAGACUCACUAUCCAGGUUCAGCUCUAGAGGCUGCAAAAGGCUUCAUGGGACUUGGUAAAGAGAAUCCCCAUCCUAGCUUCUCUCUCCAUCCCCUCAAGACCUGAUCUAGUGUUUAAGGGGCCUGGAGCUGGGAGUCUCAAGUCUGCUAAGGUUCACAUCCAUAGUCCUCUUGGCUUUGAGGAGAAUCCUCUCUGCCAUUCUUCCAAUCUCCUCAAUGGGUUUUGCUUUUAUUUUCUAAAUUGGGUUAAGUCUAAGAAGGUGGGGGUGAGCAGGGGGUUUAUCUGUGUGUAGUGAGUGCUUCAUGUGUGGAAUAUUCAUUUUCCCACUUCUGCGGGACUUGGGGUUGAAGCCACCCCUCCUACUCUGCUGGCUUAGCCCUGAGAUGGUGACAGGCUGGCCUGCAGUCAGCGUCAUUGUGCAUGUAACAGCAUCGAUGUGAUUAGUAAUUUGUCUGUUCCUCCCUUGAACUGUCUGUUUAGUCUGGGGUUUUUUAACUUGCAGGCGACUGACUGUGAUGUCCACUUGUUCCUUGAUUUUUACACAUCAUGUCAAAGAUAACAGCUGUUCCCACCCACGAAUUCCUCUAAGCACAUACUCUGCUUUUCUGUCAACAUCCCAUUGUGGGGAAAGGAAAAGUCAUAUUUAUUCCUGCACCCCAGUUUUUUAACUUGCUCUCCCAGUUGUCCCCCUCUUCUCUGGGUGUAAGUAGGGAAAUUGGAAAAAAAUAAUAUAUAUAUCCUCCUUUUAAUGGUGAGGGGCUGCUGGAGAGGAGAGACAGCAAGUCCACCCUAACUUGUUACACAGCACAUACCACAGGUUCUGGAAUUCUCAUCUUCGAACCUAGAGAAAUAGGUGCUAUAAACAGGGAAUUAAGCAAAAUGCUGGAUGCUAUAGAUCUUUUAAUUGUCUUAAUUUUUUUUCUAUUAUUAAACUACAGGCUGUAGAUUUCUUAGUUCUCACAGAACUUCUAUCAUUUUAAACUGACUUGUAUAUUAAAAAAAAAAAAAAUCUUCAGUAGGAUGUUUUGUACUAUUGCCAGACCCUCUUCUGUGAUGGGUAAUGCAUUUGAUUGUUUGAGAUUUUCUGUUUUUAAAAAUGUAGCACUUGACUUUUUGCCGAGGAAAAAAAUAAAAAUUAUUCCAGUGCAAAA